UUGCAGAAAGAAAAUGGAGGCUGUUUGUCCACGAUGCAAAACAACAAGCUACAGGAACCCGAACAUGAAGCUCAUGGUGAACGUGUGCGGACACAACCUUUGUGAAAGCUGUGUAGAACUUCUCUUCGUUAAAGGUUCUGGUUCCUGUCCUGAGUGUAAUGUACCCUUGAGAAGAACAAAUUUUCGUCUUCAGCUCUUCGAGGACGCAAUUAUUGAUAAGGAGGUCGAUAUACGGAGACGUAUUCUCAGAGAUUUUAACAAACAAGCUGAGGAUUUCGGAAGUUUAAAGGAUUACAAUGAUUAUCUGGAGAUGGUUGAAGAUGUAAUAUACAACCUCUCAAACAAUAUUGAUAUCAUUGAAACUAAUAAAACUAUUCAAACCUAUAAAGAAGCGAAUAAAGAACAGAUUUUAAAGAACAGAAUAAAACCAACCAAAGAAUCCCUGGAGUUAGAGGAUAUGCUCCUGGAGGAACGAAGUCUCAGAGCGAAGGUUAGCAAGGAGCAGCAGAUCUUGGAGGAGGCGGAGAAAGCUGCAAAGAUCAGGAACAAGGAGAAGCUGAUUGAUGAUCUCAUGUUCGGGGACGAGGAUGCGGAGAAGAUCCUUGAGCAGCACAGGGAGGAAGUCUUGAAACAGGAGAAGAAGAAAAUAGUUUUUUCUACUGGUCAAGACACGAUUCGACCGGGAGCACUUUUGAACCUACCGGAGGAUAAACCUUUUAUUUAUGAACCUUUACAUCAAGAUUUCAUGGGUCCUUCUCCACCCUCCACUAAGUUGCUGAUAACCGAAGGAUUUACCAAGAAUAUCCGAACUGCAAAUGAAACUGAGCGAGCUGGUGGAUAUGUUGAAAGUAUAGGAUGCCUCCGAGCUGUACAGGAAGCUAUGGCAGGGUUGUAUUUCCAACCUGUGGUAGAACCUUUGCUUCCAGAAGAAACUUGAUCUACAUCUAAACAUUAGAUCAUGUAAACAUUGUUCAGUUAAACUUGUUGCAAGAAAUUACAGCCGGUUUAGAACCAACUUCAGAGGAAGUGAAAUCAUCUGUGAUAAACAACAGUUAUAUACAUUUAUUUUUUGAUACUUCAACUUGGAAAGAUGUUUGUUAUGUUUUAGAAAAA